UAAAAAAAUUUCAAUGAACAUUCGAUCAGUCCGGCCCUCGGCUUGUAGCUAAAUGUUUUAUUUGGCCCUCCGUCCAUUUGACUUUGACACCCCUGGUGUAGCUGAUAGCAGAGGUUGGUCUGAUCUAGAUCGGACACUGCUUUUACAGUGUGUGUUCACAGGCAAGGCUCAAGAAGCAUACUCUGCUCUUACAGUGGAUGAAAGUAAAGUUUAUACCACUGUGAGGAAGGCUGUUUUAACAGCUUAUGAGUUGGUACCAGAGGCGUACAGACAGAGGUUUCGGACAUGGCAGAGGGGUGGGAAACAAACCCAUGUUGAGUUUGCCAGGGAGCUGGGAAUCCAUUUUAAUAGGUGGUGUGCUUCCUUGAAAAUUAGCACUUUUGUUGACCUCUGUAAUUUGGUUGUCCUGGAACAGUUUAAAAACUCUGUUCCAAGUCAUAUUGCUGUAUACAUCAGAGAACAUAAUGUGAAGACAGCUGCUGAAGCUGCUAAACUAGCAGAUGAAUAUGUUCUUUUACACAGAGGUGGCCGUGGGUAUCAAACUGGCAAUGAUUUUGGCUACAGGAGUGGCAGUCAAUCUUUUGUGGGGGGUCAUGCGAAGGAGGAAGGUGUUGGUCCUGAUCUGAACAGUAGGUCAGAACGGGUUUCAGGUGGGCAUGUUUAUUUGGAUCCAACUGACGUAUGUCAUUAUUGCAAAGCCAGGGGCCAUUGGAAGCGUGAAUGCCCUAAACGGGGUGCUCAAGUGAAAUCUGCUGCGUUUGCUGCCUCUGAAAAACAUGCUGGUUUUGUUUCCUCCAAGCAGGUGGGAGUAGGACGGAAGUACACCUUGGACCAGGGGGAUUUUUCUCCUUUCAUUUCUGAUGGCCAUGUGUCCAUAGUGGGGAGUGAUGCUACAGUGCCGGUAAAAAUUUUGAGGGAUACUGGGGCUUUUAAUUCAUAUAUUGUGAGCUCUGUAUUACCCUUUUCUGAGGAAACCAACACUGAAGAUCAUGUUUUAAUGCAGGGAAUGGGUCUUUUGGUGGAACAAGUUCCACUGCAUAAACUGACAUUGACUUGUGGAUUGGUUCAGGGAGAGGUUAUUAUGGGGGUGCGCCCUGCACUUCCUCUUGAGGGAGUGGAUGUAAUCUUGGGCAAUGAUCUUGCUGGUAGACGGGUGUGGACUGAUUGUCUGCUGCCUGCACCCAUAGUAACUUCUUCCCCUGUGUUAGGGAAGUUGGAUGAGAGUGCUCAGUGCUUCCCUGGGGUUUUUACAGCUUGUGCAGUGACACGAGCUAUGUGUCGGGCUGAGUCUGCAUCUGUCCCUGACCAGGAUGGUGGGGGAAUAGAGGAAAGUGAUUUCUUCUCUCUAUAUGUCCCUGAUUCUCUUUUGUCUGUUUCUCAUAGUGACCUGAUGGCGGAGCAGAGAGCAGAUUCUUCUCUUCGUCAUCUGUUUGAUCAGGUUGUCACUGAGGAAGAGAGUGUGGCUAGAGGCUCCACGAUUGGAUCAUCCUUUUGACCUGCAUGUGGAUGCGAGUGAUGUAGGUGCAGGUGCUGUCUUAUUUCAGAAAGAUGAUAAUGGGGUUGAUCGACCUGUGAGUUUCUACUCUAAGAAAUUCAACCAUUUUCAGGUAAACUAUUCUGUCAUUGAAAAAGAAACACUGGCAUUAAUUUGGGCCUUACAGCAUUUUGAGGUAUAUCUCGAUUCUGGCAGUGUUCCUCUGGUGGUUUAUACCGAUCAUAACCCCCUAACAUUUUUGCAUUCAUUGCAGUGUCCGAAUCGCAGAUUGAUGCGGUGGAUGUUGUUUUUGCAGCCUUACUGCCUGGAUAUCCGCCAUAUUAGAGGCUCAGAUAAUAUUGUGGCAGAUGCUUUAUCCAGGGCUCCUUGUCCCUAGAUUUAAAAAUCAUGCCUUUAAUUUUUAUUCCCCUUCUCUAUAAGAUCCUGAUAGGCUUCUCCAGUGCCUAGAGUGGGUGAGCUGUUAAGGUGGGGACUGCAUGGGUGAUUGUGGUAAGGCAGCAAACUUUGUUAAUGUUGUUGUCUCCUGGUUAUUUAGUUGAAUUGCUGUCUUUUUGGAGUUCCAUUAGGGACUCCAUUUUUUAUGGGGGGGAGUGACAGUCCCCUCCUAUCCAGUAGGGGUCUCUAGUCUAGUCCACUAUUUGUUUUUUGUUCUUUCAGGAAGCAGGUGGAUGGACUGUUGAUUGAACGCACCCGGUGGCUAAUAAAUACUGGCAUCUAGUCAGUCACCCUGCCUGCUUGGUUGGCCUCCGGACCUGACCGGAACAGGCAGCACUGCUCCACACUUCUCUCGGACUGGCUGAACAGUCCUCUAAGCGCAUACUUUUUUUUUUUAAACAAAUAAAUUGUUUCUUUGGAUCCGCUCGUCUGUCUCCCAUAUUUGUCAUUGCCUAUGGGGGUGCGGGGGGGUGACACCUGGAAUUACAGGGUGUACUUCUGGCUCUUCAGAGCUUUCUUCCAGGCUUGCAGGGGAAGCAUGUGCUGGUGAGGUCAGACAACACCACUGUGGUUUUUCACAUCAACCACCAGGGGGGAACCAGGUCGAGGAAACUGUUGUGCUUGACUCAACGGCUCCUGACCUGGGCAGCUCCAUACAUGGCCAGCCUCAGAGCAGCCUACAUCCCAGGGCCAGAGAACAUGCCAGCAGAUUUUCCAUCCCGUCAGAAGCCGCUUCCAGGGGAGUGGAAGCUUCACUGAGAGGUAGUGGAGUCCAUCUGGAAGGUCUUUGGCAGGGCGGACAUGGACCUCUUUGCCUCAAGGGAUGCAUUUCACUGUGCCCUUUGGUUCUCAUUGGACAACAGCAGCCCGCUGGGCCACGAUGCUCUGGCACACAACUGGCCCCGGACACUCCUUUAUGCCUUUCCACCAUUCAGAGUACUUUUUCAGACUCUCCUCAGGGUACGUCAGGAGGGGCACAGGGUUCUGCUGGUGGCCCCCUGCUGGCCAGCGAGGACUUGGUUUCCUCUACUGCGCGAGCUCAGCUCCGGCUCACCAAUGCAUCUCCCCUCCAGAAGGGAUCUUCUUUCCCAGAUGGGGGGUCGGAUUUUGCACCCCAAACUGGACCGGCUCCAGCUCUGGAUUUGGCCCCUGCAAGGCUGGGGUCCACUUUCUCAAGAUACACUGGGUCAAUAGGGCGUACAAUGGCUAAUGCCUGGGCGCUGUCCAUGCGAGCUGUCUAUGCUAACAAGUGGGUGGUCUUUGCGACCUGGUGCCGUAAUAGAGGGCGGGACCCGGUGCAGUGUUCAGUUUCUGACAUACUGACCUUCCUGCAGGCAUUACUGGAUCAAGGACGGUCUCUGUCUACCCUAAAGGUGUAUGUGGCUGCCAUUUCCUGUUGGCAAGUUGGGCUGAAUGGUUGUUCUGUGGGCCGUGACAAGGACAUUGUACUGUUUUUGAGGGGCGCUUGGCGUUUGCACCCACCCAACCGCCCUGUGGCACCGGCGAGGGACCUUUCUCUUGUGCUUGAGGCUCUUCUGUCCCUCCCAUUUGAGCCCCUGACAUCAGCAGACCUCAAAUGGCUCUCACUGAAGACAGCGUUCCUUUAACCUAUGAUUUCCGCAAAGCAUGUGGGGGAAUUGCAGGCUCCCUCGAUAGCCAAGCCCUGCUGCCGGUGGAACCCUGAUGGCUCAGGCGUUACACUGUGGUCUGACGUAGCAUUUAUUCCUAAGGUGUCACUGGCGGCAGACAGUACCCAGCCGCUCCAUCUUGCCAGGUUUGACACUGGAGGCCCCUCUGAACCACUGUGUCCUGUUCGUGCCCUUGAGGCAUAUAUUAAUGUCACGGCAUCCUUCCGAAAGACAAAUAGCCUUUUGGUUUGCUAUACUGGCUCACGGAAAAGUCAGGCACUUUCUAAGCAGCGACUUGCACACUGGAUUGUGGAUUUGAUCUCCAAGGCUUAUGCCUUGCAGGACCAGCCACUGCUGGCUGGAGUGAAGUGCCACUCUACAAGGGGCAUGUCAACAUUGUUUGCUGCCAUGACUGGGGUGCCAUUGGAUGUUAUAUGUCGUGCGGUCUCCUGGAAAUCACCUAGUACCUUUACUUGGUUCUACAGGGUGAAUGUGGCUGCGCCCCAUCCACUUCAAGGAAUCCUGGAGCAGCAUACCUCUACAUCACAUUAGGGUGGGUGAUGUGGUGGUUGUCCCUUGAAUGUUGCAGAUUCCUCGUGACCUUGUUGACAUGACUCAUCCAGAGCUUGAAGAACCGCCUCUGGCGGUAAGUAGGGAUGAAAUAGAACGAAAGUUACUACCGUCACUACGUUUCUAUGAAUCCCGGAUGACCACCAGAGGGCUUGGACCCUCGGAAUCUCUUCUUCUCGCGAGAAGAUUGAGGGAUUGAAUGCCGGGUGCCACGUGACUAUAUAGUCACGUGGGUCCUCGGCAGGUCACAAGUGACUUUGUUGUCAUUAGUACUUGACCUGGGCAUGCUCAAGAAUGAUCAUUCAGUGCUUGAAGCACCGCCUCUGGCGGUCAUCCGGGAUUCAUAGAACCGUAGUUACGGUAGUAACUUUCGUUUGCAGCAUCAAGGUGACUCUUAGCACCAAAUAUGGACAGAUUUCCUCUAAAGGGGGCGGAGCCAGGAUUGGAUGAACCAGAAGCAGCUUCCAGGGACAAACCUUGGGAACCUCUGGAGGAGAACAUGGAGAUGAGAUUCCUGCUUUAAUCAGUGGAUUCAUUGAUAGAAAACAUGACGACUGAAAUAUCUGAGAACUGCAGCUCCAUUUUCUACAGAUCUGCUGGAACAUCAGAUAGAAAUGAAGAAUUUCAUCAUUUCACAUCAAAUCUGUUCAUCUUCCACAGAUACAACUGAAUUAUUGAGCUGAACUGGUUCUAAAGGUCUGGAUGGUAAAAACAUCCAUUGUUUUUAUGUCUCAUUAGUUUCCAGAAAGAGUUGAAAUGUUUCAGAAGCUUUUAUCCAGCAGCUCAGUAAAGAUCUCUCCUCUUUCCAACCUGAUUUAGUCCAUGAAGCAGAACAUCUCUGCUGCUGCAGCAAUAGGAGGAAACUUCUCCAGCUCUCAACUUCUACUGCUUGGAAACAAAUCAGGGAGGAACAGCCUUUUCUCCAGGCUGCCUCCUCCUGACUCUAGCGCCACCUACUGGCUGUUCACCAGAGGUGGAGAAAGAACUCAAACAAUGUACUGAAGUAAAAGUACAAAUAAACAGACAAAAAUGUUCUCUAGUAAAAGAACCACAUUAACAUUUUUACUUAAGUAAAAGUAAGAAAAUACUGACUUUUAUAAAUACUUAAAGUAUUAAAAGUAAAAGUACUUGCUUAAUAUUUUACCUAAUGGCUAAAACAAUAUCAUUAAGUGUACCGAUCAUAUUUAAUUUUAAUACAUCAGUAAUGAGCCAUUUAAUGAUCAAUGCUGCAGAUAAAUCAUGUAUUUAUUGUUUUCUCUCUGUGAAAACAAGAAGCUUUUAUUUGUUAAUGAUGAUCAUCAUUUGUUAAUGAUGAUGAUGAUUUGUUGCUUACAGUUAAUGAAAACAUGACAUUUCUGAUCAGAUUACAGAUUACCGACCCUUCACACCCCCACCAUAGACUGUUCUUCCUUCUGCCCUCUGGAAAGAGGUUCCGCAGCAUCUGGUGCAGGUCCACCAGGUUCAGAAACAGCUUUUUCCCACUUGCCAUCAGACUGCUGAACUCUUAACUGGACUGCACUCAAAAACUGGUCUCCACUU